CUGAAAGACAAAUUUCACACCGAGCCGUGAGUUCGUUCAGGAAAAUGAAAAAAAUUCCAACAAAAGAGUUUGCAAAUUUAAUCAAAAUAGAACUAUCAUGACUGCAUAUGUUAAAAUCCCCGACGGAGGGAAUAUGGCAAUAUUAAAAAGCACUCUGUAAACCUGACAGACAAAAUAAAGCUUGAUUUAUGGAAGUAGAAUUUGGUCAUCCUAACUUUGCUGCAAGGCAAAUAGACGUAAUUAAUCGCUUGACACAAAAAUAGAAAUGUUUACUUAAUACUUUUACACAAACCCUCCCUUUCAAUGACAAAAGAAAUCAGAUAAGACAGGGGUUUUGAAUGUAUUCAACAUCAAGUUUAUUGUAAUACGUGUUGAUGAAGGAGGCGACUGAAAAUUUUGAAAUGAAAGACGUUGAAAAAAUAUUUUGCUGUACCAAACAAACCUCAUUAUGUUCGACUAUUCCGAAAAUAUUAUUCUUCCUUCGACAAAUAACCUGAUUAUGAUUUUUAAACAAAAGGCGAGAGCCAUCCUUGUGAAUUAUUCACAGACAAAAUAAUGGUGAGAUAUUCGCUUAAUAGAGCUCGAGUCCUAAGUGACAACAUCGGCGCUUCAACAAGCGAGUUGUGCCUCUGUUUCGUUCUCAGGUUUGACAGUUUAUUGAUCAACACUAACUUUAUGAUUCGCAAAACAGAAAGGAAACUUUGCAGGUUACUACCAAAUUAGGUCACGGUUGUAUAACUUCAUUUAGCAAGUUUAGAACUGAUUAAUUUAUUACAACCAGAAUUCCGCUUAAUUAAAAAGACACUAUAGAACUGUAAAUGAGGAAGUACUAUUCGUUGCAUAAACAAAUAAAAUCUCCUCCCCGCGUGAAUAAAUUUUUCCCCUAUCAAAGUGUACCAAGUUCAAAAAAAUAUUUCUCAUCGGACUGUCACAGCUGAUCACGGCAAUCAGUUUAUUUUUCGCAUUUCCUAGGAAGUAUUUUCCGCUGAUGCAAAUGACCAUUUGAUCCAAGAAGCGAUCGAACAAGAAUGCCUUGUUGUCAUUGCGCGUUUAACACUUGGCCCGCGUGCCUAGCUUGGCCAAUCAGCGCGCCUCUGUAUAUUGGGAGGAAAAUAAUAGAUUGCAAAUGUUGUCAGAUGAGGAGCAAAACUUAAGGAUCACUGAACCAGCUGGUAUAGUCGGUGUUUGAUGUUUCGCUCAGGCAGUUGAGAGCUCCUCCUCUAGGGCGAGAAGUGUGGUAGACAGCGCUUCGACUGAAAAUGGCCACUGUUAUUCCGGACGACGUGCAGUCUUUUAAAGCAGCGUUCGAAGUUUUCGACCAUGACAAAACCGGAGAAAUAAGUUACGAAGAUUUUCCAAACGCAGUUCGAGCCAUCGGCUUCAACCCGACGAACAACCAAGUGGUCGAGGUGCUCAAAGCUGCCAACAAGGGCGAAAAAGAUAAAAUUAAUUUUGAUGAAUUUGUAGACAUGUUAGGGAAGUUUAACGAAUGCAGGAAGGAGGACGCCGAGGAAUCACUCCGCGAAGCAUUCAAGAAGUUCGACCGUGACGGUAACGGCUACAUAUCCCCGGAUGAAUUACUGUACGUUGUAUGUAACAGCGGCGAGAAGCUGAGUAGAGAAGAGGCAGAGGAACUCAUCGGUAUGUUUGACAAAAAUGAUGACGGCCAGUUGUCUUGGGAAGAAUUUGUGGAAUUCUUUAAAUGCGACAGAGAAGCUACAGAAGGUAACGUGACCAUCCCGGAAGAAUCUUCCCAAGAAGAACCACAGCUCAUUUAGAGUUAUCAGAUUUAAGGUUUUGUACCACAACAGUCACAGUUAGUCACACAACACUUGCGAUCACGCUGGGCAACUUCGCAAAAAAGGAUCAAGUAGUGACUGUUUCGAAAUCACAAAUAUUUAUUUCAGAAUGACUCCGCAGAUAUCCUCAUGACCGAUGGUGAAAUUUCAAAUUAUUUCAAGCUUUAACACAGUUAUAAUUUACGUGACAGAUCUCAUGAAUGAAUUGAAGUUCCUUCAAUUCCUCAGUGGCUUCAAAACCUUAUCGCACCGAAAAGAUUUCCCUUUUCAGGGAAGUUUUUUGAUUUGUACAUAGCUUGUAACAUGGCCCAUUGGGUUGACCGCCUCCUGUUCAUGUACGUAUACUUUAAGAGCAACUUCACAGAGAAAAUCUGCACCUUUUUCAAUUUGAUAUUAUAUAAAGAGUUGAGCUAUCUAUUUUCGGACAGACUUGAAAACUGCAGCAACUUGUCUGAGCGUUCCCAGCGAUUUGUUAUCCCUGUGUAAAAUGAAAAGAAACAACAAGCUUUAUCACA